CCAAUCCAUUAAUCUUACUCAUUUUGACCAAGAUGGCAGCCUCCACAAGAACGAAAGUGUUAUCAUUGUACAAGGAACUUCUCAAAGAGAGCAAAAGAGUCACCGAUUAUAAUUUCAGAAAUUAUGCCCUGAGACGAACAAGAGAUGCGUUCAAAGAAAACAAAGCCAUCACUGAUGCUGGUCAGAUUCAGGCCCUUGUAGUUAAAGCCCAAGAGAAUCUGGAAAUGCUCAGAAGACAGGCAACCGUCAGCCAACUCUUUGGAUCAGAAAAGCUGAUCAUUGAGAGUCAACCGAAGGGAGCUGGCUGAUUUGAAAGUAAACAAGAUAAAGAUGUUUCGAUGUAUAUAAUAGUAAUUAAAAAUUAUCUCAGUACCCUUAAUUUCUGUGAGCAUUUUGUGUGAAAGAGUUUGGGCACAAGUGUUCCCCAGAGUAGAAUUGGAAGAGGCAUCACAUCAGUGUCUUUAUAUUCCCCAGCUAUGUAUUUAAUUAAGUGGCUUAGCUCUUACCUUGCCUCUUGUCAUUGUCAAUAUGGGAGCCUGAGAGGCAUGGCAACAGACUGAAGAAUGAUUCAGUCUUAUGUCCAAUAACUCUAAUGUUUAUUAGGUAAGCUAACAUAUUAUUUUUUUAUUAACAUAUUUAAUUUGUCUUAAGAUAUAUGAUUGUUUUGUUCAUCAUUUAUGCUUUUAGGACUUCAUCAAAAAAUGAGCUGUCUCCUGCCUGUGAUGGCAGUUUAGUUUAAUUAGAAAAUGUUGUGUCAGCUGAAGUGUUUAAUAAAUGAAUGCAAUGCUUGAUAUUAUGUUAUCCAGAGGUACCAUACCCCUUCGGUUCUGAUUUGUAUUCAGUGCUGUAUAUAUAUAGAAGUUUGACUGAGUUUUGUUGUUGUUGUUUGUUUGUUUGUUUUUUUUUGGGGGGGGGGGGGGUGAGCAACUGAAGCACUUCAGAAGUCAAAGUGAGUGAAUGUAAACUGUGCAAGCACAAAUUUUCUUAGCCUGAAUAACUGCUAAUGUUCGUAUUGUUAAUAUCUAUAUUGUCCUGUUGAUGUCAUCUGGCAUGAUUUUUUCAAAAUGUAUUUAAUCUUGCUGAAGAGGAUACUCUGCUUGUUUUCUAUGUUUGCAUUAUAUAUUGGGCCGCUGGACAGGGGUGGCACUCUUCUAGAGAUGAUUCUGAAGUUCUAACAUUCUUUGAUGUUCACCUACCUUUAUUUCAUAGUUAAAGCUAUCUUUUACAGUCUGUGUUUUGAACUCUUCCUAAAAGACUUAGAAAUUAUAGAGACACUCGUGACCGACUAGUUCUUUAGAUGGUUCACAUUGUUUUUAACUUCUCUGCCAAUUUCCUAAACUCUGUUUGGUUAGUGGAUGAAGGAGUGAAAAUUGGGUACAGGUUUGUAUGUCUUUCAAAGGAUACUGUGUUUUUCCGAGGAAGACUGGGAAUGGAACCCACGUUCUUAUGUUUUGCAAAGUGGAUGCAUUGUUCGGCUGUUUAUAUCCUGUGAUUGGUGGAUAUUUUUGUAUGCAAUAAGGCGAGGGGUAGGGGUAGAAGAAUGAGUAUUGUAGGUCUGACUUUUAGAAGGUGACACCCCUAUUGUAUAUGUGGCCAUGCAUCCUUGCUGUUUCUUUCAGGGUAACUUAACAUACAAUUGCAUUUCAGUUGUUUUCCAAUUGAGAUAUAUCGCCAGCUUCAUUUCACGAGGGCUUAAGUCAUGUUUUUAAUUAAGCUUUGAGAAAAUUAAAUCAACAAAGAGCACCCAGAUCAGAGCCAUGCCUUGGGCCGUUGUUAUUUUUCUGUUGAAGAAAAAGAAAGUAACGAACAAAGCUUUAUUAUAAGAUGCCCCUUGAUGUCUUUAAUUGAAUAACAGCUUUACUUGGAAACCCCCAGAAAUUGAUUAGGCCAAUUGUGAAUGACGCUGAUGAUAUACAGUGCUGUCCCUGCCGGCUUUAAACACGUUUCGGACUCGAGCACGCUAAAUGGCUCUUACCGAAUUUUUGCUAUAUAAAUGACAUGCCUUUAAGCACGGUAACUUCGGCUUCGGGCACGCUUCAUUUACAAGACAGUCAAUCUAUACAUUCUUAUACUAACAUGUACUUUCAUGAUAACCCAUGAACACAGUCUACACCGCAGCAGUGAGUGUGGAGAAACACAAAGAGCGAAAGUGAUGGAGACACACACGCGCGUGCGGAGAGGAAGGCAGAGCGUUGAAAGAGAUGCACACAGCCACGCGCUUGGAUAUAGGAUCUAGCCGAGGGCAAAGAUACACACAGGCGAAAAAAAAAAUA